CUUCUUCUUCUUAGUUCUUUCUUCUUUCCCUGUACCAAGUUUCCUUAUUAGAAACAUAGAUAAAUUUGGCAAAAGCUAAUCCACCUACCUACAGACAGAUAUGAGGAGGAACGGUUAAUAGAGAAGGGCACGGAAAGUGUUCGACGAAAUGCUCCAAAGAUGGUCUCUCUCAACUCAGGCCCCGUUUCUUCUUUCGCUCCACGGAUUUCGCUGAUUGAUUCCGAUACCCUUUUGCCUCUUUCUUCCUUCAAUCCCAAUCGUUUAGCUGGUGAUAGGAAAAUUUGUGGGCCUGUUCAAUGGUUUCUUGAGGUCAAGCUGAGGAAUAAAGGUUGUUGCUUUAGGCGUAGUAGUGGGGUUCUGACGAUGUGCAAUAACAACAACCAAGAUUUGGGUUGGGAUAGCGAUAAGGAUCUGGAAACGGAGAUUUUGGAGUUCAUGACGAAUUCUGAUAAACCUGGCAUGUUUCCGAGCAAGAAGGAUCUUAUCCGUUCUGGAAGAUUUGAUCUUGUUGAGAGAAUCGUAAACCAAGGUGGAUGGCUUUCCAUGGGAUGGGACUUGGAUGAAGAGGAAGAAGAAGAAGUUAAACAAGAGGAGGUCGUGCUACACAAUCUUUCCUCGAAUGCUUCAUCUUCAAGAGAAGAGGUAGUUGGUGAGGAUGAGAGUGGGAUUGAAGGUAUAUUGACUAGGUUGGAGAAAGAGAGGAAUUUGAGUCUAGGGAUUAACUUGAGUGGGAAAGGAGGAGAAAUCAAUGGUGAUGUUUCUUCAAAUGGUUCAGUUCCUUGGGAUUCAAUGAUUAUGACAGCUAGUGAGUUUCAAGAACUCGACGGUAGUGCAAGUUCAGGUGAAUACGGACAAAAUAGGUAUCAAGAAGCCAAGUCAGUUUCAGGGAACAGAGACUUAAACGACUUGUCUACAUCAGAAACGUGGAGAACAUGGAGUAUGAGGAGAGCUGGGUUUACUGAUGAAGAUUUUGAAGCUGCUGAAAUUUCUUCCAGUAGCUUGGUUGGUCUGAAGAAGGAUGAUACGGAUAAGGAUUCUGGUGGAAAAGAUAAAACUGCAUCUUACUCCGAAGAUAUAAAUACAACUCAUAUCAAAAGCCGUCUUCAAAAUCUCCAGUCAGAACUUUCUUCUGUUCUUCAAUCCCUUAGGUCUCCUCCUCCUGAUGAAGUUGUGGCAAGAAAGGAUAGUGAGACAAAUUCUGAGAACUUGGAGAACCUCAAUGAUGAUUGGGAGUUCAAAGAGAAUGAAAUCAUAUAUGCCCAGAACAAGCUACGGUCUACAAGGGCAAAGCUAGCUGUUCUUGAAGGAAAGAUGUCUAUGGCAAUAAUAGACGCACAGAGGAUUGUACGGGAGAAACAGAGAAAAAUAGAUCAUGCUAGGAGAGCUUUACGGCUACUCCGGACUGCAUCCAUAGUAUGGCCUAACUCAGCCUCAGAAGUUCUACUAACGGGUUCAUUUGACGGUUGGUCAACCCAGAGGAAAAUGAAGAAAGCACAGAACGGGGUCUUCUCUUUGUCACUGAAGCUAUAUCCUGGAAAAUACCAGGUUAAGUUCAUUGUUGAUGGCCAGUGGAAAGUGGACCCGCUUCGACCCAUUGUUACUUGUGAUGGACAUGAAAACAAUCUGCUCAUCAUCUCGUGAGGUCAUAGGCAACAACGUUUUAGAGCUAAUCCCACCAUCUAUGGAGCAUGAGCUGAAUCAGUAGGGUUUUAGUUUCUUUUGGGAUUUCAUUUUCAUGUAGAGUAAGGAAAGCAGUAGAGCUAGGUUUUUAAAUCUUGACAAAACAAGAAAUUAAGAAAAAAAAGAAUCUGUAUAUCUCAAAAUUUUCAUUGUAAUGACAAUGUUCCUCUGACGAGAAUAAAGCAAAAAAUUUGACU